AUGACGGCGCCGCUCGGGCUCCCCCCGCGCUGGCCCGACGGCCUCGCCUGCCGCUGCGAGGACGCCCCGCGGGAGAAGAACCGCAUGGAAGGGCUGGGGCACUGCCGGGAGAUGAUGCCCCACGCGGGGCUCGCCGUGCCCACCGCCCCGCCGCCGCCGCCGCCGCCGCCGCCGCAGGGAGCCGCGUACGCGGAGCUGGCGGCCGCCGAACCCCCCCGGCAGUGCCCGUCGGGGGCGGCUUCCAGCGCGGCGCUGGGCUACGGUUACCCCUUCGGGGGGGGCUACUACGGCUGCAGGUUGUCCCACUCCCACGGAGUCAACUUGCAGCAGAAACCCUGCGCUUACCACCCCGGCGAGAAGUACCCCGAGGCCGGCGGGCCCCUGCCCGGCGAGGAGCUGCCGUCGAGGGCCAAGGAAUUCGCCUUUUAUCCCGGUUUUCCCGGCUCCUACCAGGCGGUCCCUGGCUAUUUGGACGUGUCGGUGGUGCCGGGGCUCGGGGGUCACCCGGAACCGAGACACGACGCUUUGCUUCCCAUGGAAGGUUACCAGCACUGGGCUCUUUCUAAUGGCUGGGAUGGGCAAGUGUACUGCUCCAAAGAGCAAUCGCAGUCCGCACACCUCUGGAAAUCACCUUUCCCAG